GUGAGGAGACGACGACGACGCCGUCGUCGCCGGGAGCCGGAGGUCGUGUGGGGACCGGAGCCGGGGCCCGGUCCUCAAGAGUAACAGAUCUAUGAAAUGGCAGAGAAUGGAAAAGAUUGUGAACAGAGACGCAUAGGAAUGAACAAGGAACAUAAUGGAAGCUUCACAGAUCCCUCUUCCCUGAAUGAAAAGAAGAGAAGAGAUCGGGAAGAAAGGCAGAAUAUUGUCCUAUGGAAGAAGCCACUCAUUACCUUGCAGUAUUUUUCCCUGGAACUCCUAAUAAACUUGAAGGAAUGGACCAUAAAGUUGUGGCAUCGUCGAAACCUUGUGGUGUCUUUUUUAUUGCUGCUUGCUGUGCUCGCAGCUGCGUAUUAUAUUGAAGGGGCACAUCAACAAUAUGUGCAGUAUAUGGAGAAAAAGUUUCUUUGGUGUGCCUACUGGGUAGGCUUAGGAAUUCUGUCUUCUGUUGGGCUUGGAACUGGUCUACAUACGUUUUUGCUCUAUCUGGGUCCACAUAUAGCCUCAGUUACGCUAGCAGCCUACGAAUGCAACUCGGUUAAUUUCCCCGAGCCUCCUUACCCCGACCAGAUUGUUUGUCCCAGUGAAGAGGGGAUUGAAGGCUCCAUCUCUUUAUGGACCAUCAUCUCCAAAGUUAGACUGGAGGCCUGCAUGUGGGGUGCCGGCACAGCCAUUGGAGAGCUGCCCCCUUACUUCAUGGCCAGGGCAGCCCGGCUGUCAGGUGCUGAACCUGAUGAUGAGGAGUAUCAGGAAUUCGAAGAGAUGCUGGAACACGCAGAGACGGCACAAGACUUUGCCUCCCGAGCGAAGUUGGCUGUCCAGAACCUAGUUCAGAAGGUUGGAUUUUUGGGGAUUCUGGCCUGUGCUUCAAUUCCAAAUCCUCUGUUCGAUCUAGCGGGGAUAACAUGUGGUCACUUCCUUGUUCCUUUCUGGACCUUCUUCGGCGCCACCCUGAUUGGAAAAGCAAUAGUUAAAAUGCACAUCCAGAAACUCUUCGUCAUUAUAACCUUCAGCAAACACAUAGUGGAGCAGAUGGUGGCCCUCAUUGGGGCGGUCCCCAGGAUAGGUCCCUCUCUGCAGAAACCGUUCCAGGAAUACUUGGAGGCUCAGCGACUGAAACUUCACCACAAGUCCGAAAAGGGUGGGCCACAGGGAGAAAACUGGCUGUCCUGGAUAUUUGAGAAGCUGGUCAUCGUCAUGGUGUGCUAUUUUAUUUUGUCCAUCAUCAAUUCCAUGGCACAGAGUUAUGCCAAACGAAUCCAGCAGCAGAUGUACUCAGAGGAGAAAACUAAGUGAGGCAGAGGGACACCAUUAAAAUCAUGCAUUUGCAGAAGCCAGAUUUGACCAAUUUUACCCCAAAUUAAAACUAAACAGGAAAGAGUUUUUUUUUUUUUUGAAGCAUCCAUUUUUCCUAAUUGAAACAAUUUAGCGGGUGGGGGGAACGAAAAAUUUUCUUUUGGCAAUACUUAGUGCAUAAUUUUCACGGGCCGAUCCGUCUGUGUGCUAAGGUAACGUAUCCACCCUUUUCUCCGUAAUUCAUUCGAAGUUUCACUGCAUUAAGGUGGCUUACGGCAUCUUUGGAAGUUCAGGUUUAAAGAUGAGUUUGUUUUUUUCAUUUUCUUCCAAUUUAAACGUGCAGAACAAUUUGAGACUUCCAGCUACAGAUAAACAUUGUUCUUAAGGAUAGCAAGUUAAGUUAACUCGGGAGAGUGGUCAUUUUCUUUUUCUCAAGUCAUCACAAUGUAUAUGAAUUAUAAUAGACUGGUCCCCAGUCGUGCAUGACUUUCGUGGUGAUUCAUGAUACUCCAUCGUGCCUAGCCCCGUACCUGCCCAUCUCUGUUCCCCUUCCCCACCCUUAAAAAUGCCAUUUUACGAUUCAUCACACACUUGGAGGAAUUGGACUUUUAUAUUUUGAGACAGUGUAAGCAAUUCUGAUUGGUGUCUCCAUACUGGGCUGAUACCAUUUUUUAUUCUGUAUAUUUAGAAUGAAGUCGAGAGGGAAAAAAAACAACCAACUUUAUAAAAUCAUCUUUGAUCAUUCCAGAA